AUGUCAGAACAAGAAAAGUUAGAAACAAGGUCCAGUUUGGUGUGCGUGGAUUGUAUUCAUUGUCCAUCUCAGUCAACGGUCAAACGACCAGAGAACUCCAAUAAUCAGACACCUAGAGUUUUGGAAGACAAGAAAAUACAACCUGACACAUUCACAGGGUCUUCCCAGGUUCAACGGUCUUUUGAACCGAGUACGGAAUCUUUGAAUAUUCACGAGUCAUACAAUUCAGUCACAGAAUGUUCCAAAAUACAGCAGUCCUUUAAGCUAGAAACAGGUCUUCCUGGAACUCAGAAGCCAGUUCUUGACAACAUUGUAAAACCUUCUAGAGUUCAACUACCUUCCUUAACAUCUGAUCCUGAGCCUUCAAGUGUUCAUCGGCCUUUAGAGUUUACCAAGCAAGAACAUGAAGACAAUAUUGAAAAUUCGAGUCCACGAGACUGUCCUGUCGAAGAAGCUGACAAAAAAGAUAGAAGAGGACAUCUUCCUGCAGGAUUUCAUGAAAAUUUCGAAAAGGAGGAGGAAGAAGAGAAAGAAAGUGAUGAGAAAAUCGAUGCUUUUACAGUCUCACAACCCGAGGUGCUUUUAAACCGAAACUUAGGAGAUGUGCACGCUAUCUCUGAAGAAGAAGAUGAGACCUCUCCUGCACAGUUUCGAUUAGCGGAUUCAGCUCUGAACUCAGACACGGCCUCUACCUUGAAUCACUCGAGAGACGUGCAACAGACACAUUGUAAAGCUCCUGGAAUAAACGUAAGAGAAACCUCCUCCAGAUCAGAAGAAAAAAUCGAUAAACCUUUCAACUGUGUCGACACGGAAGAACCUUCACAGAUAGAUGGGGAUAUCUUGCCGCAAGAUGGCGGCCAGCAGCAACAGUGUGAAAACGAAAUACGUGAACCAAGCGGUCAGUCUGGUACUCAGUCGCUUUCACAACAAACAUUAGCUCCUACUUCUUUCGUGGAACAGAAAUAUCAUCAGUACCCAGAGAUGUCUACAGACAUCCCCAUGUCUGAUUCUUUGAGGUUGAUUAAUUCAAUUACGCAAGUGAAUAGUCAGAAUGUCGUAGCAGAUAAUGACAAUGUUUCAGUCCCUGUAACCUCGGUUUCUCGGGGUGAUCAUCACCAACAGCAAGUAGCUCAGUUCUCUCAGCCUAAAGCUCAUCAACAAAUCGUGUUGCAAGCAAUCCCUACAAAAAAUCUCAAGAACAUUGACUUACAGGGGCAAAAGAAACAAAAGGCGAAACCCGAUCCACAAGAUUGGUCACCAGUGUCAGAUUUAUCUCCAAUUAUGGAUGUGUCUCCCUCGGUCGAAGCUGCGGAACAGGAAUUCAUGGAAAAGUUUCGACAGAAAUCUGAAGAAGCAGAGCAAAGUAAACCAAUAGUGCAUACAACAAUUCCGAGAGCUACUAGUGGAACAAUCUCUGGAAUGAUUGCCGAUUUUAACAAGGCUCUUGGUCUUUCUGGUAGUUAUCCAAUAAAAAAUCAAAAAAGUAAAGUAAAUUCUACCAGAAACAUCACCAUGUCUCCUCUUCGUUCGUUGGUCGAUUCUGUACGUGAAGAUAGUGCCCUUAAAGACCAGAACCAAAAUGUUGUUCCUCAGGAUGCUGAAGAAGAACAUCAGGCGGUCUCUAAACCAGAUAAAGAUAGUGUUGCUAGUGAACAUCUCCCACAGCCAAGUACAUCAAGACGAAUCCAUAGAAGACUCCCUCAGCCCACCAUGGAACAAAUGCAGGCUGCUGUUGUCAUGGCUGCUCAGACUCCAAGAGGAAAGGUGUCACCACAAACCAUGGUAAAACCCAUCGACACACAAAAUUCCCUUGUGAAUGUUCCCAUAAAAUCACUAAGUUCAACACCUCCAAUUUCACCAUCUGUUUUGUCAGGCAAAUUACACGACAAAAAACAAUCAGAACAAAUAUUGGCUGCAGAUUCUUUCACUGAUCAACAUCUAACCAAUCAAAAAGCAUUUACUUCGUCACACAGUGUGCAAUCACUGAUUUCUCCUGUCGUGCUGAUGUGUGGUGUGACUUCCUUUGUUACUUCAUCAACUACCACAAUGACCACUGUGACUUCCCGCCAGGUCAUUGCUGGAACAUCACCUCUUGAGCCUAAUUAUGUAGAAAGCAAGCCUCCUACUUUAGGAGUGGAGAAGGAUCUCUGCACCAAAGACUCUUCUUUAUCUAGAAAUGGAUCAGCACAAAAUCCUAGAAUUCUGAAAGACAAAACUGGUGAAAACUCCGAUACACAGAGUGAAUCAGAUAGCUCAAAAUCUGGAAAGAUUCGACGAAAACUUCCACCUCUUCCUCGAGACCAAGAACCUUCACCUGUUUCUGCAAGGAGAAGUAAAAAUCGAACUCGAAAUCUUUCUAUUGGCAGUAUUCCAGUUCACUUAGCAGAGAAACGAUGGGCUCAGCGGACAUCUUCGCUGGACAGUGCUCCUCAGACCAGGUCCACUGGAGACCUGAUUCGCAUGAGUCGGAGUGAUUACCAUAUUCAACAGUCGGGAAAAUUAGGUAGUCAGGUUUCGGAAACAGCAACCACUUAUCAAAAGUCCACUUCUUCGAUCCAUAAAUCUCCUCUGAUGGCUCCUGUGGCAGUUUCUCAACGCUUGGGGUUGGCCGAGAUUAGUUUAGCAGGUUCAAAAUUACCGACGUACGUGCAAAAUCUGAAGCAACAGAUGCGAGAGGAACUGAGAACUGUGUCGGAAGAACAACAGAGACUUCUGGAUAUCAGAGAUAAAACCCGAAGCUUAUACCGACGAAGCGAGACCGAUUUAGCUUCGUUACUUCCUUCUGUGUGGUCAGAUGAGCCAGCAUCUGAGUUUGAUACACAUCCUCCCUCAACAUCACCAUUCAUUAGACGAUCCAUCUCUGCUUGUACAUCACCCCAGGAAUCGCCGAAGAAAUCUAGACAUCGGAGACAUGCAUCUGACCCUAAACAUUCUCGUUUUUUACAAAUUAGGGAUACUUUACCCACCGAAUGCGACAUGACAACGUUUAACUCAAUGAAGGAUCAUAAUACUCGUAGUGAAGCUUUCAAAUAUUUUGAUUUUGAAUCAAUUGAUAGGCUUCUUAGUUACGAAGGCGUGGGUCGUGUCGAUUGGCACCAAGAUGGUAGACAAAAAAAUGACCACAUGGUCUCUGAGCGUCUAAGUAACAUCAUGAGUGACAAAAACUUUCAGACGUUCUCUCGAGAAAUGCCAAGAACCCGUACAGUAAGUCAAGGGUCUUCCCAUACAUUGCCUGCAACCUUUAAUCGACCCUUUGACCAAUGGCAGAGAAACUUAACUGCUCAGUUCCUCUCAAACGAGAGAGAAAAACGGGAAGAAAAUAAAUCUCGGAAGCCUAGAUCAUGGCAUCCCUCGCCUUACGUAUCUGAGGACGAAGAUGAUGAAAUAACAAGAGAAGAAAAGAAAGCCAAAGUUAAAGAGGAGAUCAACCGAAGAAGGAAGAAGAUUGAAGAAAAUUGUAGGUUAUACGACGAACUGCAUCAAGUAGCCAAAACACUAGAAGCAAAUGAAAACAGAGAUUCCGGUUACCUUCUGGAUCAGUCUAUUGUAUAUAACCAGAGAACUUCUGACACUACAACUUGUACAACUAGUGACACAUUUAGGCUUAGACAAGUUGAUACUGCAAGACCUACGAUUACUGGCAACGUAUUUCAAGCUAUAGACGAGUUACUGAAGAAGGAGGACUACAGUACUUGGUCAACCGAAAGCAAUGCACAAUCUGGGUCGCAUUAUACGACAGCGCCCUCUAUCUAUUCAACAGCUUCUGUUUCUGGCUAUGACUAUCUAGCAAAUACUGGUGGCGACCCCAAACGACAUGGCAACAAAUCACAUAGUUCAGCUGCAAGAUUUCCAGAAAACACCGUUGAAGACGAAAGUAUUGCUAAAAUUGCUGCAACAUUUCCCACUGAAAAAACACCAAACAUUAACUUUAGAAUUCGUUCACAGCCUCUUCCUCACUUCGACUCGAUAAUGAGCUUGUCUCCUAUGGCUGAAGUCUCCACUCCCACCCCCGCCAUGCCUCUUCUGCCAGACAUGCCUACACGUUCAAGAAAACGUCUAGAAGACUUGGGAAGUUCACCGAUUGUUAGCCAGCUUGCUCGAGACGCUUAUUCUGACGAAGUGGACGCCGAUCACUCAAGCGAACCAAACGCUGAUUGUCUCGAGACGAGCGGCAACGCUACCGUCCGCCAAGCGAGGAAAGCACAAGAUUCCAUCGUUCAAACGUCACAGAAGUAUGACUUUCCAGUAAAGCGAAUUCUUCUAACAAGAGAUUCAAAGGAUCGUUCAGUAAGCGGUAAUGGUCUAGGAAUGAAAGUAGUCGGGGGAAAAGAGAUCCCGGGAAAUGCUGGCGUGAUCGGAGCCUACAUAGCGAAAAUUUACCCGGGAGGUGUCGUAGAAACGUUAGGAGAAGUAAGAGAAGGUGACCGGGUUCUGGAAUGGAACGGGAUUCCCCUUACGGGCAAGACCUACGAAGAUGUUCAACGUCUUGUAGCUGCUUCAAGAGACGAAGUGGAAAUUGUAAUCCGAGAUGACGUCAUUGUUCACGACUCUCGAGCCCACCAACGACGUUCCCCUAGGAAGGGACCACGAGAUCUUAGAAAUAGUCCAGAAAGUGGGAAGUCCAAUAGCAAUCAAAGAACCAUAAGUGACUAUAACUCAAACAUCGGUCCCGACGAGACUGACACUGUGCCGAAUGAUCACACCAUUAGUAACAGUUCUUCUUACGAUAAUGUAGAAACAAUUGACCUUGCUGACCAGAAACCUAAAGGCUUGGUUAGAUCCAACUGUAGCCCACUUCCCGGGUCAGACAACUAUGAACCCCUGUUAACACCCAAACUGCAGUGUGCCCCAGAAAGAGUACCUCACUCUAAACCAGGGCUUGGAACUUCUACAAUUUCUGUUUGCAAUCAUCAUCCCUCUCCCAUCUGGACCAGUUCCCCAAAUCCCAGCCCUAAGUCCAUCAGCGUUAGUGAGAGCAACAAGUACAAGUUAGACUGGAGAACAACUAAACCUGAAACUUUCUAUUACAGUACAAGUUAUACUCUAGAACAACUAACCCCAUGGGACUCUGUAACCAACACAAUCAUGGAUCCACAAGCAUGUGACUCUGUAACCAACACAAUCAUGGAUCCACAAACAUGGGACUCCGUAACCAACACAAUCAUGGAUCCACAAGCAUGGGACUCUGUAACCAACACAAUCAUGAAACCACAAGCAUGGGACUCUCUAACCAACACAAUCAUGGAUCCACAAUCAUGGGGCUCUCUUCAAGUGUGGUACGACUCCAAAGAAAGCAUUCUUUAUAUAACAAUACUGCGAGCGCGUGCCUUACUGACAGCUAGAGACAACAGUGGUCUGCCCGAUCCUUUUGUUAAGUGUUACCUCUUACCUGACAGGAGCAUGGAAAACCUGAGGCGAACCCGGUACUUCUCCAGAUGCAGCAGUCCAGAGUGGAAGCAGACCAUGGUCUAUCCUGAUGUUCCUCCUGAAGAUCUGCCCAACAGGUUCUUCGAAAUCAGUGUCUGGAACUAUGAUAUUUACCGGCCAAACGAAUUUCUGGGUGAAAUCGUUUUGGAUUUGUCAGACGAAACUAUACUAGAGGAUCAGCCCCGGUGGUACAAACUACACGAUCAUGACGAGAGCCACUACCCAUGGGAUCCAGCAGGAGGCCCAAGAACCUCUUAUAGCCUCGGGAGUCUUGGCAGUGAAGCAUCGGGAGGCAGUGGACGAAAGGCGACUCGACUUAACAGUUUGGCAUUAAGGUUUCCCUUCUCGACCAGUGCUGACGAAAUCAAAAGGCAUGUUAGUCAUGAGAAGAAAUUCAUAAAACCUUUCCGAAGAAAGUCUUUUGGUUCAACGAGUUUCGCCAAGGGUAUGGUCGAGUUAGAUAAUUAGUUUCCAUGUGUUCACAAUGUUAUGGUAUGGUCGAGUUAGAUAAUUAGUUUCCAUGUGUUCACAAUGUUAUGGUAUGGUCGAGUUAGAUAAUUAGUUUCCAUGUGUUCACAAUGUUAUGGUAUGGUCGAGUUAGAUAAUUAGUUUCCAUGUGUUCAAAAUGUUAGGGUAUGGUCGAGUUAGAUAAUUAGUUUCCAUAUGUUCACAAUGUUAGUGUAUGGUCGAAUUAGGUAAUUAGUUUCCAUAUGUUCACAAUGUGAGUGUAUGGUCGAGCUAGGUAAUUAGUUUCCAUAUGUUCACAAUGUUAGGGUAUGGUCGAGUUAGGUAAUUAGUUUCCAUAUGUUCACAAUGUUAGUGUAUGGUCGAGCUAGGUAAUUAGUUUCCAUGUGUUCAAAAUGUUAGGGUAUGGUCGAGUUAGAUAAUUAGUUUCCAUAUGUUCACAAUGUUAGUGUAUGGUCGAGCUAGGUAAUUAGUUUCCAUAUGUUCAAAAUGUUAGAAUAUGGUCGAGUUAGAUAAUUAGUUUCCAUAUGUUCACAAUGUUAGGGUAUGGUCGAGUUAGGUAAUUAGUUUCCAUAUGUUCACAAUGUUAUGGUAUGGUCGAGUUAGAUAAUUAGUUUCCAUAUGUUCACAAUGUUAGUGUAUGGUCGAGCUAGGUAAUUAGUUUCCAUGUGUUCAAAAUGUUAGGGUAUGGUCGAGUUAGAUAAUUAGUUUCCAUGUGUUCACAAUGUUAGGGUAUGGUGGAGUUAGAUAAUUAGUUUCCAUAUGUUCACAAUGUUAGGGUAUGGUCG